GGCGGAGAGCGGGAGGGGCGCCUCGCGGAGCCGGGCCCGCGCCGCGCGCCCAGCCGGGCGGGCUUCGGGCUGCGCCAGCUAGCCGGGCCGGUGGCACCCGCUCCGGAGACCCCGCGCGGUAGCUCCAAGCAGCUCACGAAGGAGAAAACUGCGGCCCGGGAUGGCUCAGUUGUCCCAUCCAAAGUCACGCAGCUGCUUCGAGCGGAGACCCGACUGCGGGAGUGAGGCACAUGGCCCCUGCAGACCGGGCUUCGGAGGGGCCCAGGCUUGAGGAUACAUCGGCCCGCCACCCCUCAGGCAAGGAGAGGAGCCUGCGUGGCAGUGAGCCUCCACUUCUGCCCUUCACUGCAAGACCCUAGUGCCCCACUGGCUUAGUCAUGGCGAAGCUGGAGACACUGCCGGUGCGCGCUGACCCAGGGCGGGAUCCCCUCCUGACCUUUGCCCCACGGCCCCCUGAGCUCGGAGCCCCAGAACCCCGCCUGGCCAUGGGCAGUGUGGGCGGUGGGGUGGCCCACACCCAGGAGUUCGCCAUGAAGAGUGUGGGCACCCGCAUGGGGAGUGGGGGCAGCCAGGGCAGUUUCCCCGGCCCCCGCAGUAGCGGCAGUGGGGCCAGCAGGGAGAGGCCCAGCCGUUACCCCUCAGAGGACAAGGCUCUGGCCAACUCCCUCUACCUCAAUGGCGAGCUGCGGGGCGGUGACCACACAGAUGUCUGUGGCAACGUGGUGGGCAGCAGUGGGGGUAGCAGCAGCAGCGGCAGCAGUGACAAGGCCCCACCUCAGUAUCGUGAGCCCAGCCACCCACCCAAGCUCCUGGCCACCUCUGGCAAGCUAGACCAGUGCUCAGAGCCGCUAGUUCGACCAUCAGCUUUCAAGCCCGUUGUACCCAAGAACUUCCACUCCAUGCAGAACUUGUGUCCCCCACAGACCAACGGGACCCCUGAGGGACGCCAGGGCCCUGGUGGCCUCAAGGGCGGACUGGACAAGUCUAGGACCAUGACCCCAGCAGGUGGGGGUGGGAGCGGCCUCUCGGAUUCAGGCCGCAAUUCACUCACCAGCCUGCCCACCUACAGCUCCAGCUAUAGCCAGCACCUGGCACCCCUUAGUGCCUCCACCAGCCACAUCAAUCGCAUUGGCACUGCUGGCUAUAGCAGUGGCAGUGGCGGCGGCAGCGGUGGUGGGGCAGGCUACCAGGACCUGGCAGCCUCCGACAGCGGGCGGGCCUCUAGCAAGAGCGGGUCGUCCUCAUCCACGGGGCGGCCAGGCCACCUGGGGUCUGGGGAGGCCGGAGGCGGAGGCCUGCCCUUUGCGGCCUGCUCCCCACCCUCGCCCAGCACGCUGAUCCAGGAACUGGAGGAGCGGCUGUGGGAGAAGGAGCAGGAGGUGGCAGCUCUGCGGCGCAGCCUGGAGCAGAGCGAGGCUGCUGUGGCCCAGGUACUGGAGGAGCGGCAGAAGGCGUGGGAGCGCGAGCUGGCCGAGCUGCGGCAGGGCUGCAGUGGGAAGCUGCAGCAGGUGGCGCGCCGUGCCCAGCGUGCCCAGCAGGGCCUACAGCUGCAGGUGCUGCGGCUGCAGCAGGACAAGAAGCAGCUGCAGGAGGAGGCGGCCCGGCUGAUGAGGCAGCGGGAAGAGCUUGAGGACAAGGUGGCCGCCUGCCAGAAGGAGCAGGCAGACUUCCUGCCCCGGAUGGAGGAAACUAAGUGGGAGGUGUGCCAGAAGGCCGGGGAGAUCUCCCUCUUGAAGCAGCAGCUGAAGGACUCCCAGGCGGACGUGUCGCAGAAGUUGAGUGAGAUUGUGGGGCUGCGCUCGCAGCUGCGGGAGGGCCGGGCCUCCCUGCGGGAGAAGGAGGAGCAACUGCUCAGCCUGCGGGACUCUUUCAGCAGCAAACAGGCCAGCCUGGAGCUGGCAGAGGGCGAGCUGCCCGCGGCGUGCCUCAAGCCGGUGCUGACCCCCGUGGACCCCGCCGAGCCACAGGAUGCGCUGACCACCUGCGAGAGCGACGAGGCCAAGAUGCGCCGUCAGGCUGGAGUGGCUGCCGCGGUCGCCUCCUCGGUUUCCUUGGACGGGGAGGUUGACGCUGGAGGGGAGAGCGGGACGCGGGCCCUGCGGCGGGAGGUGGGGCGACUGCAGGCCGAGCUGGCGGCUGAGCGGCGAGCCAGGGAGCGCCAGGGCGCCAGCUUCGCCGAGGAGCGCCGCGUGUGGCUGGAGGAGAAGGAGAAGGUCAUCGAGUACCAGAAGCAACUGCAGCUGAGUUACGUGGAGAUGUACCAGCGCAACCAGCAGCUGGAGCGCCGGCUGCGCGAGCGGGGGGCCGUCGGGGGCGCGAGCACACCUACCCUCCAACAUGGCGAGGAGAAGAAAACCUGGACCCCCUCCCGCCUCGAGCGCAUUGAGUCCACAGAAAUCUGAUCCCCAUCCUGGGCACAUGGCCUUCUGACAAAUGCCCUGUCUAAAGGCCUGAGUCUCUGGUGUCCCUCUCCUCCAUCUCUUCCCCGUGUCCCGGGUAUCCCUAGACCAAAGAGGUUCUCAAAGCAGCCGUGACCAGGUUACCCCCACCCCGCCACCUCUGGGUUGGAUGCCCCUCCCAGCUCUACCACUGCCCUGUUGGGCAGCCCAUUCAGAUCCUCCAGUAGGGGGAGGGUAGAGUGAGGGGGCGAUGAGGAAGCCAGGCAACAAGGGAGCCCAUGCUCCCUUUCUUGACAUCCCCCUUUUGGAGAUGGGGGCAGCAGGCCUGCAUGGUGCCCCAGCCCCCUGUGUGGGCCUGGGUGGCUACUGUUGGCCACCUGGUGUCCAGUUGUGCUCUCUGUGCUCACCUCCUCGGCCAUGUAGCCUGUGGGGGUGUGUGUGUGGUCUGCCGAAGCUGACAGGCCCCAGGGCUCCUGGCCCCUUGCCUUGCAAUUUUUUCCCUCCCCAUGCAGGUUGGCAGGGCAGUGGGAGCAGAUGGCCUGCCUGUGGUUGAGAGGGCUACCUGCCCAGCCCCUCCCCCCAGGGCCUCUUGGGCUCAGGCCUUAAAGCCUGGCCUGGUCCCUAGUGUGUGUCCAUAUGUGUGUGCUGGGGUGGCUGGGACUGGAGGCACGGUGCCCAGGGAGGAUUUCCCUCCAUUCCUCGGAAGGGUCACCUGGAGGCUUCUCAGCUCCACCCUCACCCUUCUGGCCAGGAUCCCACAGGGCCACAGCCCCACCUGCUUGUCUCACCCCAUACCCAGGGCCACUGUCCAGCUCUAACAAUAUCUGUUAAUUGCUACCUGCCUCAGGCACUUCCCUCACCCAGUUUUAGAGGUCAGGUGGGGUUCUGCAACAUCUUCCUGUGUCUUCCCCCACUCGAUUCCUCCCUCCUCCUGCUUUCAUGCUCAGAACUUCAUCGUCCCAGGCUGUCUCUUUCCCAAAGUCUUACCUUUUCUUCCAGUAGAAAAUUCUGCUUGACUUCUGGUGCACUGCCCACCUCCAAGCUCUGCUGGGCCCAAGUCUGAGCCUGAUGCCCUUGUUUUGGGGGAUGGAUGUGAUUGCCCUUAAAAAUGAGGCUGGCCUGAGAGGAACACUGCCCCCUUGGCUCAAAGGGCCCCGAGAUGGCCCAGUGUUUUUCCAGAAUAGGCCUGGCAUGGCCAUCGGUGGGGAUUGGGACAGCCAAUGUCACUCCCUUCUUUCUCUAGGGGCCCUCUCAGAGUCCAGCUCCCCAAGGCAGGAAGGGAAAAGCAAAUUUCUAAUUCACCAGCAAUAAAAAUUGGAGGAGGCUUGGCCCUCAGUCCUCAUAUUUCUCUCUUUUUCACUCUUUCUUCCUCCCACCCCCAAGACUGGGUUUGGGGGAGCAGGGUGGAGAGAGCUGGCAACUACUGUGAGCAAGUUCCCCAGCCCCUGACCAGCCUCCUCUCAUGACUGGUGACUGUUUGAUGAGCUGUGCAUCCCCCACAAAAUCAGGAGUGCCCCUCUGUGUGGCCUCUACCCCCACCGCGCAGCCCCUCCCCUCACCAGGUCCCUGAGCCUGGGGGAGGCCAUGCUGGCCACCACUGCCCAAUCUACUCACCGCUGACUGCACCUGCCCCAGAACCUAGACCUGGGCCAAAGGGGACAAGUCAGUAGAAAAAAAAAAAAAAAUAAUAAUAAUACAUAUAUAUAUAUAUAUAUAUAUAUAUAUAUAUAUAUAUGAAUAGACUCGGCCUUUGGGACUUCCAACCACAAAAUAAAUUAUAUAUAAAUAUAUAUAAAUAUAUAGCUACCAUAUGUGAUGGAAAGACUUUUUGUUUUCCUUUCCCAAAGAAAUAAAAUGGAGAAAUUCUCUUGA